UCUCGAAAUUCAGUGUCAUAGGUGCCUACAUGUACAGUGUACAUACAUGUAGGCCCUACACGUACCUAACUGCUGACAGUUUGAAAGGCUGUGGUUGCACUUAGCUAGAUCAGACAUUAAUUCCAAGAUGCUGUGGCUAUCGCUGUGCGUAGUGUUGGGAAGCAUUUUUUUCGUUCGCAUACUGUCAUUCUUUCAAAGAACCAUAGAAAUUCAACGUGCCAUCAAAAAGCUCCCAUCCCCACCGGGAGCGCAUUGGCUGGCGGGACACCAGAAGCAGUCCCCAUUUAGCCCCGGCCUGCAAUGGCAGCGGGACACGGUGGCGGCCUUCCCCCGUGCCUACACACUGUGGCGUGGGUUCAUUCCGAUUCCUGUCCUCGUCCACCCAGACACGCUCAAGUCCCUGCUGGCCAGUCCCACGGGCUCGGUCAAGUCCAGCUUCUACAGCCUGUUCCGGGACUGGGUUGGGGAGGGCUUGGCGGUCGCAAACGGAGCCAAGUGGAAGAGAAAUCGGCGCCUCCUAACGGGCUCCUUCCACUUGGAUACUCUGCGGACCUAUGUCCCCGCCUACAACGACUGUGCCGAGGUGCUGCUGGGCAAGCUGAACCGACUGGCUGCAGAGGGAAAACCCAUGAGAACUGAUCAUGAGCUGGGCUUGUGCACGUUUGAUGCCAUACUUCGAACUGCUUGCUCCCACCAAUCUCAUUGCCAGUUGGAGGAUAAGAAGAAAAAUGGAGAUUUGGACUUUCUGUCAGCAACCAAAAUUCUCGUAAGCACUGUACAAGAGCGUAAAACCGGCAGCCCACUACUCGUGAACCCCUGGCUGUUCCGGCUGAGUUCCUUGUAUCCUGAUUGGAAGCGAGCCUGUCAGUAUGUACAUCGAAUUGCAGAUGAACUGAUAGAAAAAAGGAAGAAAGAAAUAUCUGAAAAGGCAGAGGGUGGAGAUCCUUUUGUCAAGCCCCGUGAUUUCUUGGACACACUCAUCCUGGCUUGCGAUACUGAUGGCAAAGGGCUGACAGUCCAGGAAAUGACUGACGAAGUCAACAUAUUCCUGUUCGCUGGCCAUGAAACCACGGCUACUACCACUACCUGGUUGCUGUAUAAUCUGGCUAGAUAUCCUGAACACCAGACAAAAGUCAGAGAGGAAGUGGACAAGAUACUAGAGAAGAGAGACUCAGACAGAAUCAAUAGCGAAGAUCUGAGCCACAUGGAGUAUAUGUCUCUAGUGAUCAAAGAGACACUGAGGAUGUACCCUCCUGCUGUUCUGCUGUCCCGCACGCUGACAGCUCCUUACGAUGUAGAUGGUGUCAUUCUCCCACCGGGCACGUUAGUUGCUUUCAACACCUACCAGCUCCAUCACAACCCAACGGUCUGGGGUGAGGACCACAUGGACUUCAAGCCCUCUCGGUUCCUGCCAGAGAAUUUCACCAAGAUGGACCCUUUCAGCUAUGUUCCAUUCUCAGCCGGCCCCAGAAACUGUAUUGGACAGCACUUUGCCUAUAACCAAAUCAAAGUGCUGGUGGGACGAAUUUUGAGGCAGUUCCGACUGAGUUUAGUUGACGGUGAGCCCGAGCCGGUUCCUCAUCUGACAAUUGCCUUAAAACCUUUGCACGAGGUUAUGAUUGCUCUUGAGCCACGAUAUUAAAAUGAAGUUAUCGGGAAUAUAUGUGAGGGAUGGAACAUAGUUGAUGGGCAUUCCUUACGGAUUAUGCUAAGCUAAAAGUCUUUUUCUGCGAGUACAUGUAACUAUGGGUUAUGUUGGCAUUUAUGGAAAGAAGUUUUAUUUUAUGCUUAUGCUCUGCACAUAUUUCACUUUUUUCACAGCAUUCAUUGCCUAUCUAGCUAGUAAUGACAGUGGUAGGAUUGCGAGUUUGUUGAUAAACCAGAAGAGAUUAUUUGCAAACUCAGUGUGGAACAUUUCCCUAGUGAUGUUGCACGAGAAAAAAAAAGGGAAGAAAAUGUUGUCCCAAUCCAAUUUACAUGUAGGUUGAGGUUGCCUACAUGGAAGACUAAUAAAAAGGAAAGAGGGAGGUGCAGAUGCAUAGCUGGGGUUUUGUUGACCCAUUGACAAAUAUUACUUUUGUCUUGUUUGAAGUAAAUAAGAUGGGGCUAUGAAUACAAGUAAGGCAGAGGUGGAUUCGCUGAUUUUUUUGUAACACAGUAGUCAAUGUAAUAUUUUUUCCCCACAUGAAUUUGUGUUGACAAUCCAUUUUCCAUUCCAAUUUGACACUCUCAGCGCCAGCCUGGAGUAUGCAUUCCAGGCCACUUUGUACCCGCUUGAUGGAGAGAGAUGCAACACAAACAAACCAUAAACGCAAAACAAAACAAAACAAAAGAAACAUUGAGGGAAGGUCACCCUUAUUUUACAAUAAUGUUCCAUGUAGGCUAGGGGUGUGCAUUUGCGGGUAUUUUUAGAGCCGGGUACCCGUUUUUUGUUAACAUGAAAAGAGAUCGCCCAA